AGUUGGACACAACACGUGAAAUGGAGUUCGGAAUUUUUGGGCGGUGGCUAUUGUUGGUUGCAUUAUUUCAAUUAUCUUCUAUGCAUGAGUGUUUGAGGGAAGAGAGAGAAGCUCUCUUGCGACUCAAAGCUUCCGUGAACUCCUCGUAUGAUUACUUGACAUCUUGGAACUCAUCUCACGAGGAGAGUAAUUGCUGCGAUUGGGAACAUGUUGUGUGCGACAACAUUACAGAGCGUGUAAUCAAGCUUGAUCUUGUUUCCAAUACUGAUGAAGUUUGGUAUCUGAAUGCCUCUUUGUUUCUUCCUUUUCAAGAGCUUAAGUACCUGGAUUUGAAUGAUAAUAAAAUAUCUAGAUGGGUUCCAAAUGAAGGUUUUGAAAGAUUAUCCGGAUUGAGCAAGCUGGAGGAGCUUCAUUUGGAUUAUAAUUACAUCAAUGAAAGCUUCUUAUCAUCUCUUGGUCAGAUUUUAUCGCUCAAGAAAUUAUAUUUGAGAUACAACCUCCUAGAUCGACCAAUCAAUAUCCCAAUUUCAGAGUUGGGAAGAUUAAAGAACCUACAAGAGUUGUAUUUGGAUGGUUCCUACAUUGACAAAAGCUUCCUCCGUAAAAUUGGAGUUAUGACUUCUCUUAAUGUAUUGACAAUGCAAGGUUGUAGACUCAAUGGACACUUGCCCAUCGUUCAAGGCAUGUGUGCACUUAUGAAUCUACAAGAGUUAGAUCUCAGCCAUAAUAAUUUUGAAGGGAUACUGCCUGCAUGUUUGGCAAACAUGACAGAACUUCGAAUAUUUGGUAUCUCUUCAAAUUGCUUUAAUGGAAGCAUUGAUCUCUCCCCUCUACCCAGUUUGAAGUCACUUGAGUACAUUGAUUUAUCACACAACUACUUCAACCCAAUCACAUUCUCCUCAUUUUUUAAUCUCUCAAAGCUUGAGGUCAUAUUUAGUGAUGGCAACAAACUGGUUGAUGAAACUCUGUCUCAAAGAUGGAAUCUUGGCUUCCAAUUAAAGGUUUUCAGUUGUUCAAGCUGCUUAUCUACCAAGUCUAGUAGAAUAAUUACUAGAUUCUUUCACCAGUUUGACUUGCAAGUACUACAUCUCCCUCACAACAAUUUGGCAGAACAAUUCCCCACAUGGUUGCUAGAAAAAAAUACAAGGUUGGCAGUUCUUAUUUCGCGAAAUAACUCGUUAACAGGAACUUUGCAGCUACCCAAUCAUCAUAUUCCCAACCUUUUGGUUUUAGAUAUUUCAUUUAAUAACAUACAAGGUCCAAUUCCAACUAACUUUGGUUUAGUUUUUCCAAAUUUAGAGUUUUUAAAUAUUUCUAAAAAUCAUUUUGAAGGUGUUAUUCCUUCUUCUUAUGGUAAUUUGGUCUCCUUGGAAAUGUUGGACAUGUCAAGCAAUAAUUUGUCUGGAACAAUAUCAGAAAAUUUGGCAAUGGGUUGCUCCUCCUUAAACUACCUUAGAUUGUCCAAAAAUCAUUUGAAUGGCCAAUUGUUUCCUGCCAAUUCGAAUCUAACAGCCCUACAAUCUUUGUAUUUGGACAACAACCACUUUUCCGGAGAGAUCUCACAUAGCAUAUCUGAUUCAACGAUCUUGGAAGCAAUUGAUUUCAGUAAUAACAAUUUGUUAGGGAUGCUUCCAAGAUGGAUGGGGAACAUGAUGUCAUUGAUGGAUAUUGCUAUCACAACAAACCAGCUUGAAGGUCCCAUUCCAGUGGAGUUAUGUAAUUUGAAAUCACUUUCAUUUCUUGACCUUUCCCAUAACAAUUUGAAUGGCUCUAUGUUGCCCAGAUGA